GCCCACUCGGAUAGCUGUCCUGCCCAUGACGUCUCCCCUACGCUGAACGCCUAUUGGCUGAUGGGAGCGGGAGGGGCGUGUCCCGGCAGGCGCGGUGGCCAAUGGGCUACGAGUCCUGUCGGCGUCAGGCGGGAGCUGGAGGCGGUACCGCACCAACCAUGGUCCCCUUCCGCAUCCGCCCGUACCGGGACAGCGACUACGCCGCCGUGCGGGAGGUGUUCGCGGCCGGGAUGAGCGAGCACGCGCCGGCGCUGUGCCUGCACGUGCUGCGGCGGCCCUGGGCGCUGCUGCUGCUGGCCUGCACCUUCUGCCUGCUGCUGGCGAGCGCGCGCUCGCUGCUGCUGCCGCUGCUGGCGCUGGCGCUGGUGCUGGCGCUGGCGCGGCACAUCCUGGGCUGCGCUUGGGACGCCUACAUCCAACGGUGCCUCGACGCCGACCUGCGCGACAUCGCCGCUGCCUACGGCCCCGGUGCCGGCGCCCGCUUCUGGGUGGCCGAGGCGGACGAGCGGGUGGUGGGCACGGUGGGCGUGCGGCCGGCGGCGGCGGACGGAGGCGGCGAUGGCGGCGACGGGGAGCUGGUGCUGAAGCGGAUGUCGGUGCGGCGCGGGUACCGCGGGCAGGGCAUCGGCGCGGCGCUGGGCAGGGCGGCGCUGGCCUUCGCGCGGCAGCGCGGCUGCCGGGCCGUGGUGCUCAACACGCUGAUGGUGCAGCACGAGGCGCGAGCGCUCUACGAGCGCCUGGGGUUCCGCCGGCACCGCCAGUACGUGCUGCCAACCGUCUACGGGCACCUGGCCAACUGCACCAUCACCACCUACCGCUACGAGCUGGGCAGCAGCGAGUCGGCACCGCCGCCGCCCCGGGAGCAGGCAGCCAUGGAGUGAUGGAACCGUGCGAUCAUCCAGGGUGGAAAAGAGUUUCCGGAUCAGCCGGGCCACCCAAGGACUGCCAAGGCCACCUCUGCCCCAUGGCACUGAGGCCUCGGCUCCACGAGGUGUGAACACUUGGAGGGCCGGUGCCUGCAGCCCUGCCCUGGGCAGCCUGUUCCAAUGCCUGAGCACCCUCUGGGGCAGGAAUUGUUCCUCAGCUCCAUCUAAACCUGCCCUGGGGCAGCUUGAGGCCGUUUCCUCUUGUCCCAUCCCUUGUUCCCUGGGAGCAGAGCCCAGCCCCUCCUGGCUCCAUCCUCCUCUCAGGCACUUGUAGGGAGCCAUCAGGUCCCCCCUGAGCCUUCUCUUCUCCAUCUGAACCCCCCAGGUCCCUCAGCCCUUCCCCAUCACCCCUGUGCUCCAGGCCCUGCACCAGC